AUGGAUCUAGUGCCGUUCACAGCGGCCACGGGCAACAACGGUGAUGGUGGUAUUGGUGGUAGACAGGAGCAGGAGGCCAACCAGUAUUUCUUGCAGCUUUUGCAGGAAAACAAUCAGGUCAAUGUCUUCCUGAAUGACCCCCGCAUCCAAAGUGCUUUGGAGCUUCGUGCAGAACAGAGACACCGCUUUGCAUUGGACAACGUGUACGCCGAAGCCAACGCAUACAUAGCACAUCUAGAAGCAACAGCGGAUGCGAACCAUCGCCAGCAGCUAGCAUUCGUGAGCCAGUCAACACACCGACUGGUGGGGCAACUUCACAAUGAAGUCCGAGUGCUAGAGACAAUCGCCCGAGCAGAACGACAAUCAGCCAAUGAGCUGCAGGCACAGCUGGCACGCACACAAAGGGAAAGUCAUGAUGAACGGUCUAUGGCUAUGCAGUUUGAUGCACAUCGAUCCGAGCUGGAAGCAGCAGCACGCACGCUCACUGCGGAAAACAGACAGCAUGAACGCCGUUGCGCGGAAUUGCGCGCAAGUGUCGAAGAAAACCAUAGUGAGCUCAUAGCCUUUUUGGGGUCCGAGUUUGAGGAAAAGCUUCAGUGGGAAGAAAACGAAUGCCAUCAUAGGCUAACCUCUGAGGUACAGCAGUACGAUAGCUUGGUUGACGACCUGCAGGAUCGGAAUGCGGAGCUUUUAGCUGAGGUCGACUCACUCAGGACAAACCCUGCUACGCUUUCCAGCGUGGGAAGUGCCCACGAGGUGACAAGCGGAGGUAAAGGCGGCAAAGGCGGGGAUAAGAAAGACACCUCUAAGAUCCCAUGCAUUUUCUAUCCCAAGGGCGAUAAACCGGACAAGAAGCGAUCGCCCUCCGGCAAGCGCAGGCGACCUAGCAAGAAGAGGACCAAAAGCGAGGAGAAGACAGCGGCGUGUUGCCUUCCCCUUGCAGCCACCCUCACGGGUGAGCCCUCGCUCAGUGCUGGGAAGUCCUACGCAGUAGCAGCCCGCAAGGGCCAUGCCGUGAAAACAAAGGCCAAAAAGGUUCAGUUCUUGAGGCCAGAGAUCAUCGACAUUCCGCUUGAGGGUGAAGGUUGGAAGUUCGUCACAGAGAAGCGCAAGUACGAUUUCAGGUACAAGACGACGGACAAAUGCCCACCAUCUGACCCGGAGGACACCGAAGAAGCCUUGCAGAACGCCCGACCAUUGAUGGCAUGCUUAGCGGCAAAGUCCUCAGAGAGCACGAACAUGAACCUGAAGGUCCAGCUGGCGCGGCGGAAGAUCCCAUCGAAAGGUUGGACGGUCAUCAACGGCAGCCCCGCUGCCAAGGUGGCUCAUUUCCCAAAGACGUUUCGAACACCGGAUGACGUGUGGUCUUUGUUGGAGGAUUCGGUCAACAUUGAUGAAUUGGACGGGAUCUAUGGGGAAGCGCAAGCCGACAGCGAUGUCGAGCCAUACACUACGCCAAAGAAGGAUGAACAGCUUAGUGAAGACCUGGAUGAAAUGUUCCCAGAGCUAUUUGGUCCUGAUCGUGAUAAAGAUCCUCCGCCGAAGGACGCGAAAGAAGCCACCUGCAAGGGUGAGUCGAAGUCUGAUUCCCGUGCAGCAUUGCUUGAUGAUGUUCCGUACUCUGUGAAGCAGAAGCUGAAGUCAAGCGCAGCAGUAGCAGCGCACGAACCACCGUAUGGUUAUGUGUGGAGUGGGGAAUGUUUGGUCAAAAAGAACAACAGGAACCGCCCCAACGCUAUCGAUCAUACUGUAUGGAAGUCUAUGUCGAAAAGACAAAGGGCAACAGCAAUCGCAGAACAUGAGAAGAAGCUACAUGAGGAGAACGAGGCACUGUACCGUGAAGCUGUGAAAGUGGAUUGGUGGGACGGCGAAACCUACUUCGACCUCGCAGGCCGGGAACAGUCUGAUUUCGAGCUGGCAGUUGUCGAGGUCGACAACAAGGUUUCGGUAGCAGCAGCUCCGGAUGCAGCAAAGACCGUCGAGGACUUCGCUAAGCAAUCGUUCGACUCUAACGACUACAGUUUCAAGACCUUCGAGAUGGCAGCCAUUGUUGUGAGCGACGAGUUCUGCAGGGUCAACACCUCCGAAGCAGACAGGACUGGGGUAACCAAGGCCAUGAAGACCAUUCUCCAAUCCGCCGCCCUCAACAACGAUAUCAUUUCGCUCGGCGCCGAUCACGAGUAUCAGCUGUUGGAGUCGCCAUACUCCUGCGUAUCCACCCAAUGCGCGGCUGGGGUGUCUUUGACCCAUGCCGACGCGACGUGUGUGGCGCUGCGCCAGAUGGCUGACCUCAGUGACGAGGGACUCGCCAAGUUGAAGCCAACCGCAAGGUUGAGCCCCAAGGCCAAGCGAGCCAUCAUUGUCGUGUCCGACAGCUCCACCGCACUUUGCAAGAAGAACAGACGGGGAGUGUUCGUCAAGACCGACUUGGAUGCGGAAGUGAACAUCGCAAGCAUGAUGCUCGGAUGGGCACAAACUCGCUACACUAUGUGUUGGGGCAAAACCUUGGCGUGGAUUGUCUGGCAGGUCGAGGAACACAUCAAAGAGCUUCGCGCCAACUAUCCGGACCACACCAUCGACGUGAUUUGCUGGUGGUGUGGGAACGAGAUCUCUGGCCAGUCGGGCUGCAUCCCCACACGGCUUGGACCGGGACUCGCAUACAGAGAUCCCAAUGUCACGACGGAGACCGUUGCUCGGAAGGUGAGGCGGGCCGCAGAUGUUUUAGCCGCCCUCCUGCCCCGCACGGCAGGUCAAUUUGGCCACGCUGUGGCCUACUCAGCAAAGGACUGCACUGCCCUUUUCCUGAUGCAUCGCACUGCAUGCCGCACCAAGGUCAUUCAGCUCUUCUUCCUGGACGACUUCGUGGAGGACGCCAACAUCGCAUUGCGCAGCAAGGACGCCUCGCCCGAGCACCGCCUUCGCUACGGGCAUCAGGCAUCCCUUAGCAAUGCAGAUACUGGCCGGGCCCUGAUCGUCUUGCCUCUUUUCGUUCGAGUUUCUGUCGGCGCAGCACCGCACACGCGCAGCAACAGCUUCCGCAGCUGUUUCUGCUCAAACGAUUACAAAGUGAGGCGCCGCUGGGCGCUCCAGAAAAAGCAACACGAAGCCUCUGCUCCAGCCUCACCUAUCGAACCGUUCGAAGACGGAACAGCACCGCUGUAUAGCACAGCUGAGGACUUCGAGGCACACUUGGCCACAUUGGCCGAUGAUUCGGCCUCGCAUUGCAUCGACCUUAUAGGGGAGCCCUCUUUAGCACAGCCCUCUAUCACACAAAUUUUUUCCAGGCAGCGCAAAUUGCAGGCACAGGCCAAGAAAAGUCCAGGGCAGGCACAGUCACGGCAGCUUGCCAACCGUGGCGGAUUUGACAGUGGGGCCAGCAUCCUCACAGGCCUCGCCCAAGAGAGGCACCGUUUACCCGCCGGUGCCUAG